CUGAUGGUGGGUUUUACAAAUUCAGGCAAGACCAACUUAAAAUUGUCAGGAAAGCAAGCAACAUGGAUGACACGGAAGGAAUCAGACAAGCUAUAGAAUUGUUAAGAAAUUGGAUACAAAAACAGGAAUAUUUUAACAAGAAGGAUCAAUCUGAUACAUACUUCGAAAAAAAUUUACUAGUUUCUAAAGGGUCCUUGGAACGGUCUAAACUCCGUAUAGAGAAGAUUUGUACAUUACGGACUAUUUGGCCUAUGCAGUUCACUAUUACCGAACGAAGUUACUUCACGGAGGAUUUUAAAACUUAUAACAGCGUUCAUCUGCGUAAUGUGACCAAAGACGGUUCCAGAGUAAGCUUGUCCAAACUAUAUGACACCAAAACGCUGACUUCUGACCUACUUAUACGAUUCGUCACUUACGCGGUUAUAACAUGCGAAUAUUCCAUGGCACAUGAUUAUCCAAAUGGAUUGGUAGCUAUUUUGGAUUUCCGGGAAAUCAACUUGAUAGAUCUACUGGCUUUUUCUACCCGACAUUUUACUCUUCUGCAGCAAUGUUUGACUAUAUUAAAGGUAAGAAGUAAAUUAUGUAAGCACGGCAUGCGCCUCAAAGGUCUACACGUGCUUACGACAUCUAAGGCAACCGAUGCUCUAGUAGCAUUCGCAAAGCAAUUGCUACCGAAGAAACUGGCUGACAGGUUACAUGUGCACAGAAAUAAGGACACCCUGUAUGAAUUUGUGCCUAAGGAUAUCUUGCCUACUGACUUGGGGGGUGAUACGUCGAGCUUAAGUGAACUGCAUGAGGUCUUCGUUAAUGAAUUAUUCUCAAAGAAGCAUAAAGAAUGUAUGGAAGAAUCUAAUCGUUCUACGAUCGACCUAUCCAAGAAGCCAAAAGAUUACUUCAGUGAUGACUACAUAAGCAUCUCCGGGUCAUUUAGAACUUUAACUGUAGAUUAGAUUUAUUGUACAGGGUUCCCUUUACAGACCCUAAAGGCCCACUUGCACCGACCACUUAACUCAGGGUUAGUGGGCUGUCAACUGUCAAAUUCCAUAUAAAAUGGUGGGUUAACCCUCGGGUGCAAGUGGCUCUAAAGGGAAAAUUUAGCUACUGUAUAUAUAUUUUAAUCUGCAUACGAGUAUCUACGACAUGUAAUCUUAAUAAAUAAUUACAAAUAUUUUUUAUUAUA